CCUCCCCUGUUCUCUGGCGGGAAAAACCCUGAGGAGAUUCUUUCUUUCUUUUUUUUUUUUUUAAGUUUUGUGAAAUCUGAGGAUGGGGAGUGCAGACGACUAAAUCCCACUUUCCUGUGAUACCGUAGCCGGAAAACUGUCGAGAGCUGUGGUAAAGAGUGUUUUAUCUUCCCCGAUACUGUCCUGUGGAAAUAGUUCCGUGUUCUUCAGCGCCUCCUGUUUGGCUUUCGUAUUGGACAAAUUCAUGGAAUAAGAAAAGAUGGCAUCUAGAGUAAAUACCAGUUUAACUUUGAUACCCAACCAGAAAUGUAAACGUACUAAUCACCAGUCCAGCUAUUUUUUCAACAACCCUGAUUUAGACCCUCAACUCUUAUCUACGCUUGGAGAUUUUAAAGUCUUACCAUUGGAAAUAUUCCACAUAAUUUUAAGAUAUUUGUCAGUGAAGGAUAUUGGCAUGUUAAGCAUGGUGUCCAAAACAGUCAGCCAGCACAUAAUUAAUUAUAUCUCAACCUCAUCUGGAAGUAGAAGACUUUUAAUCCAGAACUUUCAUAACCUUGAUCUAUCUGGCACAGAAGAUACUCGUCUACGGGAGCACUACAAAGCUCUAGGUCUACUAUUUAAAAGAUGCACCUUGCUGCUUCCCACCAAGGACAGACUAAAAUACAUUCACAAGAUACUCUCAGAAGUUUCCUGUUUUAAAUUCAGCGGCUGUUCAGCUCCUUUGCAAUGUUUAGGAUUACCAUGUUAUGGCAUAUUUUUACAGACAUUAACAGCAGGUUGGGAUGACCUCGAGUGCCACCGUGUUUAUAACUUCUUAUGUGAGCUGACUAAUCUCUCCCGUAAGAUGCAGACUGUUGUCUGUAACAAAGCAGGAAGUGCCCGAAAGCUGGAGUUAAGGAUUAGACUAUUCUGUAGAAAUGUCCUCCUUGAUCACUGGACACAACGAAGUGAUUCUGCAUUUUGGUUGACUCGAAUAUUAAAACCAUGGCCAAUGGUGAAUCAGGCAAGAUUGCUAUAUAUUAUCUUUGGACCAACAUCUCCUCAGGAUGGGCAGGUGAUUUGGCAGGAAAUGGUGGAAGGGCCCACAGAUGAAUCCAGUCUGAAAGGCUUGGCUAAUGCCAUUAAGCUGCUGUAUGAAACAGGUACCAAAGAGUGGACAGCAGAUGAUGUUAUCAGUCUUGUAGAUGAACUCUCAGUGGUUCCCAGGGAGUGGCUUCUGGAGAAUAAUGCACGCCUCCUAAUCCUGAGCGGGAACAACAUCUGCUUCACAUUCAUGGCUAGUAAAGCUGUGAACGGAAGGGCCAUUGAGCUGGCAAGGCUCAUAGUCUUUUUGGCUUUGGUGUGUGAGAAGGAGCUGUACUGCAUGGACUGGACAGUGAAGAUGAUGCAAAAGGUCUGCAAGGUCUUCAGCACUGCAGCAGAGAGAAAGAGCUUCCUGCAGAGUGUGGCCAAUGCCUUUGCCUGUAUCACCAUGGAAAUGCUGCAGCCUAUCAUGUCUGGAGAGCGCGAUGACGAUGACAGAGGCUUCCUGAAUUUGUUCCAUCUUCUGCAUGCUCAGGCGAACUUCCAUAAGGAGGUGCUGUAUUUGUCCAUGAAUACUUCCUCUUCCUAAGUCAAGACCCUCGUCCCUUAAAGACUGUGUCACCAGACUAGUCCUUAGGAGAAUGACGAUUUUUCACAUCCAAGGGUAGCACCUGUUGGACUUUUGACAAUCUAAUUAACCAGAAACUCCAGCUGCACAGGAUUUUAGCUGUAACUGCUUUACUCUGAUUAAUGUUAAAUAACAGCAAACCCAAGAAUGUGCUGUGACUCUUCUAGAAAGUAAGCUCACAACAGGAUGUUACGAUGGUCAGAGUCUGCAGCUGCUCAACCUAUUCGUGUGACUCUUUGAAGCAGGAGCUAAUUCUGCUUUAUUCAGAACAGAUUCACAGUUGCUAACUAGUGCUAUCUGUCAUUUUGCUUAGGUUGAGCAAAUAUGGCACAAAUGUUUGUGAGGAUCUGUAAUACUGUUUCAGAAUGUGCUUUAUGUAAGUCACAUUCUUCACCACCUUCUCAGCAUAUGGUUACAAAAUAAAUCUUAUAUUUCAUUUAUAAUUUGUAUGAACUAACAGAAUGCAUACAUAUAUGUAAAUUUUAUACAUAUAGACACAUAUACAUAUAUUUUCUGCAAGACAAUCAUACAAAAGGUCUACAAAGAGAGGAUCUUCAGAUAAUGGAAUCAUCUUGUAACUUCCCUGGGGAUUAGAGCAGAGAAUGCAAGCAGGAGAUAAACAUAUGAAAGUAAAUUCCCUGAACAUCUUCACAAGUGACUCCCCUUCUUGGUAAGCCUGUCCUCCCUAUCCCAGAAAGUAGGGUUUGAUGAGGGAGCUGAAAACAUACAUGCUCAGAGUAGGCAGAGAGUGGAGACAGGCAGAAUGAACCAGCCCGUUGAGUAGACUUACCCCUCCCUUCACUUCCACUUCCUAGGAAGGGACCUGUAAUGCAGGGACUCUGGAGCUCUUGCUUUCUCUUCCCACCCCUGGCCUCAGUCACAUUGCAAGGCUUUGUAUGAGUAAAGGAGCACUCUACCUCUGAACUGGAUCCCUAGUCCACCUACACCUUCCACUGGACUUCUUUUCCUCAAAACACUGGGAGAUAAGGAAAUUAUCUUCAAUGGCAGGGUGUAAAGAAAAUUCAUGAAUUUUAACAAAAGGGCCCAGAGAAUUUGAUAGGACCGAGGAGCAGUAAAAAUUGAGGAGAAAUAAAAAUUGUGAUAAUACCAUCAAUACAGAAGUAUCAAAAUUAAUUGCCUUUGUGCUGUCCAAUUAUAAUUCUACUGUAGGAAGAAUUUUUUUAUUUGAAGAUUUGGGGGUGGGGGAAGAGUCUUGCUUUUAUAAACCUCAUUCAUUUUCUUCUGCUCAGUUGAGGAAAUGAUCUGUCGCAAUCAGCCUGGGCAGCUUUGGUAACAGCACCUACUAGAAUACAAAGUAACACCUCAGAGCCCUUCAUAUUUCCUGUCUGUGAUAUUUCCAUAACCACUUUGGAAAGAUAACUAUUUUUACUUCUGAAGCACUAAUGAUUUCAAUGUGAUCUUAUCUUGAAAAGAAAAAAAAUCAAAUGUUACUAUGAACAGUAUUUUAAAGAUUAUACUUAUUUAUUUUUAUUUAUAUUUUAUUUUUUUAUUUUUUAUUUUUUGACUCAAGAGUUUCUCUACAUACCACUAGUUGUCUUGAAACUCACUCUGUAGACCAGGCUCAUCUCAAAUUCACAGAGAUCCGCCUGUCUUUGCCUCCUGCGUACUGGGAUUAAAGGUUUAUGCCACCACAUCCGCCUCUAAAGAUUUUGAUAAAUAGAUUAUUUCAUUUUCUGGGGCUAAGAGCUGAUUGUUCUUACAGAGAACUUGGGUUCAGUCCCCAGCACUCCCGUUCCAGGGGAUCCAUGCCUUCUUCUGGCCUCUGCAGACAUACUUAUGGUGCACAUCCACCUAUCCAUCCAUCUAGGCAAAACACUCGUACACAUAGGAUAAAUAGAAAUCUUUUUCUAAAAGAUAAUUUGAUUUUCUUAGAGACAGAAAUGUGUAAUUAUGAAGUUUGCUUUAAUUCCUUGAAUGACAUAUAAGUUUUCACCAAAGUCAUUUUUAGAAAUUUUAUCAAAGAAGCUUUUGUUUUGUUUUGUUUUGUUUUGUUUUUUGAGACAGGAUUUCUCUGUAGCUGUGGAGCCUGUCCUGGAACUAGCUCUUGUUGACCAGGCUGGCCUCAAACUCACAGAGAUCCUCCUGCCUUUCCCUCCCGAGUACUGGGAUUAAAGGUGUGCGCCACCACUUUUUUUCUCUCUCUAAAAAGUAAAUUGACAAGUUUUUCAUGUAAUUGUUAAUAGACAAAAUAAAUUUGGAAACAAAUUUGUGAUUUCCACAAUUGUGAUCCAGUUGAUUUUGCUGAGUACAUUUAUCAUCAGAACUAAAGUGAUUUUGAGUUUUAAAGAGGAUGUUAACUGAAGGAAGCAUUUGUUCAGGGGGAUAAGUAACAGGCCGUCUAAUUAACCACAAAAUAAUGGAGCCUUUGAGAGUGAGGAGCCCAGAGCACUAGGACUGACUAGACUAGGACGGCCACAAAACACUGCGCCCAUUUUCCACCAGAGACACAAUGUCUCCCGUCUCUCCCACACCACAUCAGUCUCCACGAUCACUGGAGACCCAGGGUCCCAGCAUGCCUUUCCUUUUCCCAGGGCUCCCCUUGGCCUCCUUUGGCUUUGGUUUCUAGGGUGGGCUUUCCUUUUCCAUCACAAUACUGCUCCUGGUUGUUGGUGGUGUACACACAACAUAACUACUUGUUUUAGAACUGAAGUUUAUAUCUUGUGAUGACUCUUUUAACCAUGUGAACCCAUAGAUUCCUCUUACACUGUUGUGGAUGACACCAUCUGUCCCCUCAGUCGUAUGUGGCAGUUGGUGGGAUCCAGCCAAAAUUCGGCACUGCUCCUCAGCAGCUGCUUCUGAGUUCCUUAUCCUGGGCUGACUCCAUGGCCCUUUCAGGACUUUGUUCCUAGGGUAACUGCUCACUUUUGGAGAGCAGAGCCAGCAUGAGGUGCCCAGGAGAAGGUGUAAUGGCAGAACAAUUUUAUGUCUAAGAAAUAAACACGACGUCUUUGUGGGAUUAUUCUCAAGGUCAGCAUCCUUAUGUAAAUAGUAUUCAAUCAAAUGAUUGCAGGCUUGAACAUGCCUUUGACAGCCUCUGUGUGUUCUGGAAAUCUUAUUAGCAGUCCACUAGCCGUGUGCACUGUUAUCUCAAAAGAACUGUGUUGUGUUAAAUGUUUUUGAUACCUAAUAUUGUAUUUGCUAAAUUUUAUUUAAU